GAAAUGUUGCUGUUCAAUAAUCUUAAAUGCGGCAUUUCAUUUCUAAUUCUCACGGUAUGCAGUGUUAAUUCCGAUAUUGAGUUACGCGAUAAUUGCGAUAACAAUGCGCUGAAUUUAUUUUGUGGAAGUGCGAUAAAGUCGAAUGGUGUGGAGACCGCUCAGAAACCACCACAUAUCAUAUUUAUUUUGGCUGACGAUUUGGGGUUUAACGAUGUUGGCUUUAGAGGGUCCUCGGAAAUUCCAACACCGAACAUAGAUGCUCUGGCCUUUUCCGGUGUUAUACUAAAUCGAUAUUAUGUUAAUCCAAUUUGUACGCCAUCCAGGUCGGCGUUAAUGACUGGAAAAUAUCCAAUUCACACGGGAAUGCAGCAUACAGUCCUUUAUGGAGCAGAGCCACGUGGCCUACCUUUGACGGAGAAACUGAUGCCACAGUAUUUCAAUGAUUUGGGAUAUUCAUCACACAUUGCUGGCAAAUGGCAUUUGGGUCAUUACAAACAUAAAUACACUCCGCUUUAUCGAGGAUUUGCUUCUCAUGUGGGCUUUUGGACUGGACAUCAUGAUUAUUUUGAUCACACAGCAGUUGAAUCUGGUCAAUGGGGUUUAGAUAUUCGGGAUGGCAUGAGAGUUGGCUACAAUUUACAUGGAAAAUAUACAACAGAUUUAGUCACGGAAGAAUCUUUGAGAGUUAUUGCCACCCACAACUCUACGAAGCCAUUGUUCUUAUAUGUUGCCCAUGCAGCCGUUCAUUCAGGCAAUCCCUAUGACCCACUGAGAGCUCCAGAUGCUGAUUUAUCUAAAAUGCAACAUAUUCAACAUUUUGGGCGUAGAAAAUAUGCUGCAAUGGUUAGCAAGCUUGAUGACUCGGUUGGACGGAUUGUGCAGCAGUUGCAGAAGCAAAAUAUGUUAAACGAUUCCAUAAUUGUGUUCAGUACGGACAAUGGAGGUCCGGCAGAGGGUUUUAAUUUGAAUCACGCUUCCAAUUGGCCAUUGAGAGGUGUAAAGAACACUCUGUGGGAGGGUGGUGUAAGAGGUGCCGGUCUAUUGUGGUCGCCACGUCUGAAGAAGCGACGACGUCUGGCCGAUCAAACAAUGCAUAUUGUCGAUUGGUUGCCCACCCUGUUAUCGGCCAUUAAGGGAGAUGAGGCUCUACUGUAAGUAUAUUUAUAUGCACGUUGAAAAGAAAAUGAAUAAUACAAAUUGUAUUUUUAUUCCAGAAACAUAUCCUCAUUGCCUCUGGAUGGUAUUAGUAUCUGGGAUUCCCUGUCCAAUGAUGAACCUUCUCCACGCAAAUCCAUACUCCAUAAUAUCGACGACAUUUGGGGAAGUGCUGCUUUAACACGCAGCGAUUGGAAAGUUGUUGUUGGCACUCAUUACAAUGGAGCCUGGGAUGGAUGGUACGGUCCGGCUGGUGAUCGUAAUGCUCGUUCAUAUAACUACAAAGCCGUUCGCUCAAGUUUAGCUGGACGUUCGUUGGCCACAAUCGAUAUGCUACCCACAAUGGCAGAUAUUUCGCGCAUGCGUACGGAAUCGAAUAUUGACUGUUCGGCACGCAUGCCCUAUUUGAAAGAGGGCACUGUAUGUAAGCCCUUGGAGAAACCUUGCCUGUUUAAUGUUAAGGACGAUCCCUGCGAAAAGUACAAUUUAGCUCAUAAGUAUCCCAAUAUAUUGAAGGCAUUGCUGGAUGAAUUACAAGUCAUUAAUGCCACUGCCGUACCUCCAUCUAACAAAGCGCUAGAUCCCAAUGGAUUCCCAAUUAAAUGGGGCUACACGUGGACAAAUUUUGGUGAUUUUGAAGAAGGAAAUGAUGUAAUUGGAAGUAUAUAA